GGCAAAGUAGGCAUCUAAUCAUUACAAUUAAGACCAAUUUUCCUCCUGUACCAUAGAUCAGUAUUACUAUAGUAUUAUUUUUACCUAUAAAUAUAUCUAAGAUUUAAUAAUUUUUUGGCACAGAUUCUAACUAUUCUUGGAAUCACAUAAAUAACCUUUUAAUCAAAUUCUGCAUAUAUUGUCUGUGGCUGAACCAUCAAAUUUUCACUCAUCUUGAACUGGGAAUUUAAUAAAGAUUCAAACUUUUGGCUUUUGGGUUUUGAGAAAUGAGAAUGUUCAACGGCAUGAUGGAUCCUGAAUUGAUCAGAAUGGCUCAAGAGAAGAUGAAUCGAAUGUCCCCAACUGAGUUAGCUCGGAUUCAGCAACAGAUGAUAUCUAAUCCUGAAUUAAUUAAGAUGGCUUCGGAAUACAUAAAAAACAUGAAGCCAGAGGACUUGAAGGUUGCCGCAGAACAGUUGAAGCAUACCCGCCCAGAGGAGAUGGCUGAAAUUGGUGAGAAGAUGGCUAAUGCAUCACCUGAAGAAAUAGCAGCAAUGCGUGCCCGCAUGGAUGCACAGGUUUCUUAUGAAUUAAGUGGAGCUCAGUUGCUGAAGAAGCAGGGAACUGAACUUCACAGUCAGGGAAGAUUUAAGGAUGCCCUGCAAAAGUAUUCGCUUGCAAAGAAAAAUCUGUCAGGCAUUCCUGCUGCGAAAGGCAGAAGUCUUCUAUUGGCUUGUUCCCUGAAUAUGAUGUCAUGUUACUUAAAAACUAGGCAGUACGAUGAGUGCAUAAAAGAAGGUACUGAGGUUUUGGUGUAUGAUGAGAAGAAUGUCAAAGCCCUUUACCGUAUGGGUCAAGCUUAUAAAGAACCUGGACAGUUAGAACAGGAUGCAAUGUCCGACUUAAGUAAAGCACAUGAAGUAUCACCUGAUGAUGAAACUAUUGCGGAUGUUUUAAGGAUUGGUUAUUGAAGAAAUAACUGAGGAAGAAGCAGAGUUGUCAUCGGGAAGCAAAAAAAGCACAAUAUGCUGUAUCACAACGACAAAAAGUGGUUAGCCCUCCCAAGAGUCAAUCUGAGAUCCUUCGUGUGCCUUGUUCAGAAUCUUUGGAGGCUUUGAAAGAUGAUCCAAAAUCCAUUAGGUCCUUCCAAACUUUUAUCUCUCACACUGAUCCAGACACCCUAGCUGCAUUCAGUGGUGGAAAAGCUGAUGUCUUACGUACUGAAAUGGUAAAGACUGCAUCCAAUGUUAUAGGCAAGAUGUCACCUGAAGAACUACAAAAAUUGAUCCAAAUGGCUUCUUCCUUUCAAGGGGAAAAUCCCUUUCUAAACAAAGGCUCCUCGGAUAACUUUGGCCCUGGGUCAGUUCCUCCGAAUGUAACACCUGACAUGCUGAAAAUGGCAACAGAUAUUAUGGGUAAGAUGUCUCCUGAAGAAAUGCUUUGAAAUGGCAUCUUCUUUGAAAGAAAAAGCUUCAGUAUCAGCUGCGGCAGCUGUAGGUUCUAAUGGAUCAAGGCCAAAUAAGCAGUCGAAACCUAGUGACACUAUAGAGAAUUUCCAAGUUGAUGAUAGUAUUAGGGCCAGUAUUUCCUCACAAGCCUCUUUGAGUUCAACAAAUGGUCCUCAAUCAAGUUUUCCCAACUCAAAUACCGAUUUGCAAGAAGAGAUGAGAAGGCAAAUGAAUGAUCCAGCCAUGAGACAGAUGUUCUCAUCGAUGAUAAAAAACAUGAGUCCAGAAAUGAUGGCCAACAUGAGUGAACAAUUUGGAAUGAAGCUCAGUCGGGAGGAUGCAGAGAAAGCUCGACAGGCCAUGUCAUCUUUGUCGCCUGAUGACUUGGAAAGAAUGGUAAUUGUUUUUCUUUAAUAAGGAAGAAUGGUAAUUGUUUUUCUUUAAUAAGGAAGAAUGGUAAUUGUUUAAAGUAUGAUGCUGCGGCUCUCACCCUUCCUUUCUGGUGGUGUACCCUUUCGUGAUUUGUCUAAGCAUUUAAGUCAUUUUCUUGGGGUUCUUUUAUAGUAGAAGAUAUCUGUGCUUAUCCUUGCAGUAACUAAAGCAAUGUCCUAAGCACACAUGUUCAUCCUUACUGUAAUGAAGUACUCCCUCUGUUCCAUUUUAUGUGGAAUUAUUUCCUAUUUAGUCUCAUUCCAAAAAUUUGGAAUUUGGAACGAGAGCUUUCUAUAUUUAUAAAACAGAUUAACUUUGAA